AGGGUUAUCGUUUAUUUUCUAGCAGCUUUGACUAUGUCAUUAUGUGAGGAAGAUUUAAAAAUUGUCAAAUUUACUAGAUAUAAGGAUGGAAUUAACGAUUUUGACUACGAAUAUAAUAUAGGUGAAAUGCCUUUAUUCGCUGGUAGAGUCACUCCACUUUCCGAUAGGAUUCCAGGACUUUUUCUACUGGUGGGUGCAAACGCUACAUUUUAUUGGGUUAAAUUUUCAAACGAUGAACUAUAUAAGCAAAAUUCUUUCGAAAAAUUGGUUCGAUCUGUUGAAAUUCAUACCGAACGUGACAUAUUAGCUGAUUUAAAAGACGACUUUGUUUAUUAUAAAGUAUUUAACAAUGGAAACGUGACAGGUGGCCCUUACAAUCCAGAUUGGGAUUUAAAAAAUGUCAGCUUUAUAUUGGCCGAUGUGAAAGCGAAAGUUUUUAAUUACACGGUUUUCUCAAAAAACAAUCAAAGGCAGGUUGUUGGUAAAACGUCUUAUGAUAAAAGUCCACGUGUUCAAACUAUUCAUUUGCCGCACCGUCAUGAAUGUUAUUCAUAUGAAGCAUAUUUUACAAACAAGGAACUCGCCUCAAUUAAACAUAUUUAUAAGAAAGUUACGCAAAUAUUAAAAUGUAAACCACCAUCUCAACCAAAAGGGACCACUUCAGAGGAAAUUGCUUCAAAUCUUUAAAAGAGCUGAAAAAUUGUUCAUUAUUUACUUUUUUAUCAUAAAU